AUGGGUGCUCGGCUCAGUCAGCCGUGGUCUUUGCUGCUGGCCGGGCUGGUUCCCGUCCGCAGGGCGAGGCCUCUUCUGAAUAUUGUCUACAAAGCCUGGCUAUGUUCCCAGUACUUUGAAGUCGCGCAGCUGAACUGCAGAAAGACGAUCCCUUGCAAGCAAUACUGUUUGGAGGUGCAGACGCGGUGUCCGUUCAUACUGCCCGACAACGACGAAGUCGUCUACGGGGGCCUCUCCAGCUUCAUCUGCACGGGGCUCUACGAAACCUUUCUAACCAAUGAUGAACCAGAAUGCUGUGACGUCAGGAGAGAAGUGAAACCCAAGAGCCCCUCCAAGGGGGCGGUGGACAGAGGCGGCGCCUGCCCCCGGACGUCGCUCUCGGCCUCGUCGGCGCCCAGGCUGGGCCCCAGCAGACUUAGACUGUGCGUCCUCGUGCUGAUGCUUCUCCACACGGUCCUCACGGCCUCGGCGGCGCACAACGCCACGGCCCUGGGCGUCGGGGGCGUCCACGCGCUGGACGAACGCUCGGCCAGCGAGGAGUAG